GGCCCGCGGGAAGUGGCGUCCGGCCGCAUCCGGGAGUGCGGAUCUGCCGGAGCGUGUUCCGUGCCCGGUGCGGCGCUUGCGGUGCGGCCAUGGCGGACUCCACGCAGAACGGGCCCAUGGCAGGCGGGGCCGGCGGCGGGGCCGUGCAAUUUCUGAUGGCUAACAAGUUGGAUACAGCAAUGUGGAUUUCCCGCUUGUUCACGGUUUACUGCUCAGCUUUAUUUGUCCUGCCUCUUCUAGGGUUGCACGAAGCAGCAAGCUUUUACCAGCGUGCCUUGCUGGCAAAUGCUCUCACCAGUGCCCUCCGACUACACCAAAGGCUACCGCACUUCCAGCUGAGCAGGGCUUUUCUGGCUCAGGCUUUGCUGGAGGACAGCUGCCAUUACCUGUUGUACUCCCUUAUCUUUGUGAAUUCCUACCCUGUUACGAUGAGUAUUUUUCCAGUUCUGCUGUUCUCUUUGCUUCAUGCUGCCACAUACACAAAGAAGGUUCUUGAUGCACGAAGUUCAAAUAGUUUGCCCUUUUUGAGAAAUCUGUUAGAGAAACUGAGUGCUAAUCAACAGAAUAUUCUAAAAUUCAUUGCUUGCAAUGAAAUUUUCCUGAUGCCAGCUACAGUUUUUAUGCUCUUCAGUGGACAAGGGAGUCUGCUGCAGCCAUUCAUCUACUACAGGUUUCUUACAUUACGCUACUCCUCUCGGCGAAAUCCGUACUGUCGGACUCUCUUCACCGAGCUCAGGAUUGUUGUUGAACACUUAAUAACGAAGCCCUCGUGCCCUGUUUUUGUAAGAAGACUAUGCCUCAGUGGCAUUUCCUUUAUAAGCAGAUUGGCACCAACUGUUGCAUAGCCAAAUUCAGGCACUCGUGUUUUGUGAACAUUAUGAGCAGCUGGCACUUCUGCUGAUGAUUGGAAAUUCCUGGUUUUACACUGAUUUCACUCCAGGCUGUAUAAAAAUACAUAAAUGCUUUUCUUGGAGAUAAUAUGAAAUUUAGCAUAUCAAAAACAAAUAAUAGAAACUUAAAUUAACCGUGCUGUAUUGUUAAAUGAUGAAAAAAAUUAGCUGCAUCCUACCUAAAGAUGCCCUAUCAUACGAGUUUGUUGUUUUGUUUUGUUUUUUUAAAUCAAGGAUUGUUUGAGAUUGAUUGAAAAUUAUUAUAAGAGAUCUGUGCUCUCUAGGUUUAUGUUAGUUGGAACUAUAGCUACUUUAGGAUGUCUCCAGUGGAUAGCAGUUGAUACAUAUACCUAUGCAGUACACUUUGGACAGUAUUCUUCUGCUUACUAAAUGUAUCUGUAGAACUAUUUUGUCCAAUUUGCUAGAUUCAGUGUGGAAAUAUGGCUCACUUUGAAGUUAACACAAGGGAUUAAAAUCUAUCCAGCUGACAGAGAUAACACUCCUUUGUGAAGGAGAGGCUAUUUUUAUUCAUAAUACUUUAAAAGAACUCUCCCAUGUUUCUACCUUGUGACAUGAUCUUACGUUAUGCGGUUGGAAGAAAUACUAAGACUGUUUUCUUGUCAUAACAAGUUGUUUUACCAAGCCAAACUGCUGACCUGUAGGAUUUUAAGACUAAGAUGCAAUGCUUAAACUUUUAACCAUGUCUCAAAUGAACUAAUCAAUGUUCAUGAAGUAACAUUUGCAGUCAUUGCAGAUUUGAUCGUGUGUCCACACAUAUGUGAGACUGCAGUAAUUGAAGCAUGUUAGCAUUUUAGAAAAUUAAUCUGUAGGUACCUCUGUAUAAAUUGUUAUUCCAGUUUCUGAGACCCUCAUUGUGAUGAGAAAUUUGCAUAAGGAAUUGCACCUGUUUAGGCAGCUUCUGAAACAAAUGGGUGUAGGAUUUCUUGGCAUAAAUCCAUCUGAUGACUGAUCUGAAGCCAGUGUCAUGACUACAGAAAUGAAUAUUAAAUCAAGUGCAUAAAUUAAUAACACUGGUUAUGCAUUCACCCAGCAGCUGAAGGGUAGGUCAUGGAAAAAUAAUACUGUGUGAACACAACUUCUUGCCAGAAAUUCAAGGCAAAAUAUUUGCCGAAUUUUCUGUAGUUAGUGUUAGUAUUCUAAUUGCAUAAAGAGCUUUCAUUGGCCUUUUGUAAAAUUCUGUAGCACUCAAAUAUUCUUCCACAGUCAGAGAAACUUUAUGAGAAAACAGUUUCAAAAGCAGUCUUGAAGCAAAGUAUUUUGCUGUGACUAUUGAGUUUGUGAUAUGGAUAUCAUUCCAACUUUCCAGUUGUGUUAGUUUUUAGAUCAGAGCUAUGUAUUUAUGAACUUACUUCGUUUUUUUUGCUCAACCUCUUGGUACUGAUGAACCAUUUGGUAAUUGAAUAUGAUAUUCUUUGACUACUUGUCUUGCUCUCUGAAUGUGAUUAGCUGUUUAUAGAAUACUUGCACACUGCAGAAGCAACUGCAUGCAGUUAAUGCUCUACAGCUGCUAAAGACUUGCAAUGAGAUUGAUUAUGUGUAUAUCCUGUAAUUUGAGGAUUUGAUAAAAACUAAAAUUUCUACUGCAAUAAAAGGAGUGUUAAAUGUAA